AUGGCCGAUAACAGCGUGUCGUUUCUCGCUGACAGGUCCGGCAAGACCUUCGUCGCCGGUCACGGCGGAAUGGUCGGCAGCGCAGUCCACCGAAGGCUCACGGACCUGGGCUUCACCAACAUCGUCGUCCGCACCCGUGCGGAGCUCGACCUGACGCGCCAGCAAGACGUGGAGGCCUUCUUCGACUCAGAACGCCCGUGCUACGUGAUAGUCUGCGCGGCCAGGUGCGGCGGCCUCCACGCAAGCAUGGCGGCACCGGCCGAGUACCUGACGGAGAACUUGAACAUCACCGUCAACGUGCUGUCCGCCGCUCACCGCUGCGGCUCGGUGCGCAAGCUGCUCUUCCUCGCCGGCGCCACCAUCUACCCGGAAGACGCACCACAGCCAAUACCCGAGUCAGCUUUGCUCUCUGGCCCCCCGGCGCCGGGAAGCGAGUGGUACGGCAUCGCAAGGAUUGUUGGUAUAAAGAUGUGCCAAGCCUACCGCGCGGGGCACGGCAUGGACGCCAUCGCUGCAGUGCCCAAUAACAUCUACGGCCCACGGGAACCCUUCUCAACGGAGCUCACGCACGUCGUCCCUGCGCUCAUCCGCCGGUUCCACCAUGCCAAGGUCACCGGCACUCCUGAGACCGUCGUCUGGGGCUCCGGCACGGUGCUCAGGGAGUUCACGCACGUGGAUGACCUGGUGGAUGCCAUGCUGCUGCUGAUGGACAAGUACUCUGAUGCGGAGCAUGUUAACGUGGGGAGUGGGGUGGAGGUGACGCUGCGAGAGCUCGCGGAAACGGUCAAGGAGGUGGUCGGUUACCAUGGCCGCGUGGUUUGGGACGUGGGUCGACCGGAUGGCGUCCCAAGGAGAUUGCUAGAUAGCUCCAAGAUGAGACAGCUUGGGUGGGAACCCAAGGUAGCGCUGCAACAUGGGAUCAUGAAACUCUACCAAUUUUAUUUGGCUCACAAAUCCAUGACCUAACUAGGAGAUACACCAUUGGAUCGAGCAGCUGAUCGUGCCCUUUGUAUUUUUCU